UUAAAAGUGCGUGGAAAACAAUUGAAUUGUAGUCACUAACAUCCGUAUUGGAACACACAAAUAUGAAGGGGUUACAUCAGAAGUUUUUCUCUGUGUAUAUACUACGUAUCAAACCGGAAAAAAAGGAAAUCCAAGAAAAAGAAAUUAAAACUGACAAAAAUGUUUCCCUCUUUCUAAAACAGGCUUUUAUUGCAUUGGGACCGAUGCUAUUGACAAUAUGUUCUGGAAUGACAGUAGGAUAUUCAGCUAUACUGCUGCCUCAACUGCAAUCUUUAGAAAAUUCUACCUUAAGCAUUGACAGAGAAGAAGCAUCGUGGAUAGCAUCUGUAGCAGCUCUUCCAAUGGCCGUAGGAUCAGCUUUUGGAGGCAUAUUUUCCGCAAAACUUGGGCGAAAAAUGACUCACUCAAUUUCUUGCCUUCCCACCUUUUUGGGUUGGUUGACAAUAUUUUUAGCGAACCGGAUGCACAUGAUUUUAAUCGGAAGAUUUAUUACUGGAUUUACGACAGGAAUGCUAGCCACAGUAACCGGAGUUUAUAUUGGCGAAACAUCAGAUCCUAAAUAUAGAGGAUUUUUAUUGGGUGCAAUAUCAUUUUCUAUUGCGCUUGGUCUCUUCCUAGCACAUCUAAUAGGCACAUUUUUGUCUUGGCAAAACACAGCAUUAAUGUGUUCACUGCUGCCUCUGCUGAGUCAAAUUGUAAUGUUCUUCACUCCAGAAUCACCAUCUUGGCUGGCUGGCAAAAGUAAAUGCGAAGAAGCAAAACGUGUUUUCUUCUGGUGCAGAGGAACUACUGAUGAGACCAAAAGGGAACUGGAAGUGAUUAUUGAUCGCCAUGCACCAGUUCAUAAAAAAAAGAAGUCUUUUAGUGAGAUUUUAAAUGAGUUUUUAUUACCAGAGUUUUUAAAACCUUUAGGGAUUAUUACUGUUUAUAUAAUAGCUAACCAGUGGGUUGGAAUCAACGCCAUAACUUUUUAUUCCGUAAAUAUAAUGAAGGAUAUAGUAGGUGGUGGUAUAAAUGAAUAUCUUGCAACUCUUAUCGUAGAUAUAAUGAGACUAGUGAUGUCAACAGUUGCAUGUGUUUUACUAAGAACCGUAGAAAGACGACCACUUGCAUUAAUUAGUGGAAUUGGUACCUUCAUCACUCUUGUAACACUCACAUUGUACACUUAUUUUGUUAGAAUAUAUCCUCAAAUAUCUUCAGGGUACAUUCCUUUCCUUUGCUUAGUCUUAUACAUAGUUUUCGUUACAAUUGGUUUUGUUCCUUUGCCAUGGGCAAUGAUGGCUGAGCUCUAUCCUCUAAGACAUAGAAGUAUAGGUAGUGGUUUCUCCUCAAUCAUGGCCUUUCUUGCGUUCUUUUCUGUAGUUAAGAGCGCUCCAAGUAUGUUUGAGAUGUACGGUUCUCACGGUACAUUCUUUAUUUUUAGUCUAGUGGCUUUUUUUGGAACUACAUUUGUUUAUUUCUAUCUACCAGAAACUAAGGGAAGACCGUUACAUGAGAUUGAAGAUUCUUUUAAAAAUAAGAAAUAACAGACUAAUUGAUUAAUCUUUUUGUAAUCUGUGAUUUUGGAGCAAAUUCCAUUAGGUAUUUAAGUUUUACUACAGUAUUUUAAGUUUAGUAAUAGAAAUAAAAU